CGAACGCCGAGGCUGAGACCGGCUGCAAAUCGCACAGUUGCAACAUCAGACUAGCCGAAGGCCGACAAGAUGUCGAAGCGAAAGCACUCUGAGAUCGAGGACAGCUUGCGGCAUGACGACAGCCGAGAUGACAGGGCCAAUAACGUGAAGGCAAUGCGAUUACGCUUCAAAUUCGAGCGUGGGACUCAGCUUCUGUUUCGCGCAUUGAAAACCGCGCGGGGAUUCGAGAGACAGAAACUCGGCCGACGACAAAAGAAUUCGAAGAAGGAUGAAGAUAGCAAGGCCUUUGAGCGACAAAUUGGGGAGGUACAAGCCUUGAAGAACCUGAAUCUAGAAGAGACAGCACAUCGAUAUCUAUUCAAGCAACUAGCCAAGAUAAAACGGAUUGCUGAAUCGCCUGAGUUUGCACGGUUGAAGAAGACCACUUCAGUAUCUACAACUGGGCCGCGAGACCCUGCCGAAGCCAAUGUCACGGCGAGAUUAUUUAAGUCUAACCCGGUCCAAAAUGUUCUCCCGGAAAUUCUAGAUGGUAUUCGAAGCGUGCUAGGUGUGGAAGAGACCCAGAAGAAAGAAUCCGCGAACAAAACAGCCGGAAAGGUCUUGGGAACAACAAAGGAGCCAAAACAGGGAGCCCAGAAGCAGCAGAAACAUGCAGCACUAUCUGAUAAUGAACCGGACAGCAAUUCAGAUGCGGAACUUACAAGGUUGGAAGGCGUAAGCAUGGGCGGGGGUUCUGACGAUGAAAGUAUGGAUCUGGCACAAUUCAAUGGCCGUCUCGCUGCGGCCUCAGAUGAAUCAGAUAUAGAUGCAGAUUCUGAGAUAGACAUCAAAAAGUCUCGAAAUUCAGCGGCUAAACGAUAUGACGCGGUAGACGAUCCAUCACCUUCCGCGUCCGGUUCCGAAUCAAGAAGCAUUUCAGUGUCCCCACCGCCACCGAAGGUGAAAGGAUACAACUUUCCUACCAUCACUUAUGAUGGGGGCUACUGGUCAGGAUCUGAAUCAGGGGAUGAGAUUGAUACCCCUAAACCGGAACCCCCCCGCAAAAAUCGGAUGGGCCAACAAGCACGCCGGGCGUUGUGGGAAAAGAAAUAUGGCAACAAAGCCAAUCAUCUUCACGAUGAUAAAAACAAAGGCAAAGAUAAUAAGAAUUCCGGAUGGGACAUGCGCAGAGGCGCAACAGAUGGGACUGAUAAUCAGCCUAGAUGGGCCAAACGAGGGGCUGCCCAGUCUUUCCGCGGAAAGGAAGAUGUACGUGGGAAUAAUAAAGGACCAAGCAACCGGACCCAGCCGAGUAAAACGAGUAAACAGGAAAAAGCAAACGCACCAUUGCACCCAUCAUGGGAAGCAGCUCGCAAGGCUAAACAAGAAAAGGCACAGGCUUCUUUUCAGGGAAAGAAAAUUGUGUUUGAUUAG